AGGUCGCAACACCGCAAUAGAUCUUUUCCCCAAGUUUCAGACAAACAUAAAGCAGCAGAGAAAAUUUUCAAGUUUCAAAGAGCUUUUCCCUCACCAAGCAAAAUUUGGAUAUUUGUCAGCAAAAUCUGCAGCUAAAUUGGGACUUGUCUUGUUAGUUCAAAGAUUGAAACUUUUUUGGUUAAUUGUUUGGCGGAAGAAGAUUUACAAUGGGAGAGGAGCAUCCGAGAAAGCGGUCUAGACAACAUUUUGAAGCGGAGGCGAGAAACGUAUCGUUGUUUGAAUCCCCUCAAUGCGAAACCUCCAAGUGGUAUUUCAGCAGGGAAGAGAUUGAGCGUUUCUCUCCAUCCAGAAAAGAUGGGAUUGAUCUUGUGAAGGAGUCGUUUUUACGGUCUUCGUAUUGCACCUUCCUGCAAAGACUUGGCAUGAAGCUUCAUGUGUAAGCUCACCAUAGUAUUACUUUGUUGUUUUGUCAUCUAGGAAGAAAUAGUGUUUGUUCUUUGGUUGUUUGCUAGAAAAUCUACUUAUGACGUCUCCUUGUCUUCUGAUAUUUCUUGGUACGUUUUUUUAGCUAAAGAGGGUGCCUAAUGCAUGACAAUGGAUAGCCUAACUGUUGAAUUUUGUCGUAGGGCCACUGUGGGAGGUGGUCUGGAGGUUCUCCAACUAUAGAUUCUCGAUUUUGUCUACAUUUAUAUCUCGUGAAUGGAAGAAUUAUGUAAUAAUAGUCAGAAUUUGGUGUCCAUGCAUCAUAUAUUGACUCACUUGUCACUUCUCAUCGGCAAUGGGAGGAUUUGCAUCUGUUGUGAAUUUGCUUGGGAGCUGUUCACCUGUUUAGACAUGACCUUCUGAUCUAUAUGUCUUUGUAUUUGUAAUUCUCUGCUGGGUUAUCAAAACCCUCAGCUGUGUUCCUACCUUUACCAACUGAUGUUCUUAGUUUUCUGAGCAAGUGCACGUCUCUCUCCGGCCUACUUUUUUGAAUCAUCUAAUCAUAGGUACUGGUGUAUUUUUGUCUUCUGCAUUACUCACGUGUGUCGGAAAAGUUUAUAAAUGCUGGUUUCGGUGAAAGUGAUGUCUAGCUAUUAGUUGCUGCCCGAGAUAUCAUAACAUUGACCUUGUUCAUGUUAAAGGUUUUUGACAAUCUCAUUGCUUCAGGUCCCAGGUUACAAUAUCAUGUGCAAUGGUGAUGUGCCACAGGUUUUACAUGCGCCAAUCUCAUGCAAAAAAUGACUGGCAGACAAUAGCGACUUCCAGUCUGUUCCUCGCUUGCAAAGCUGAAGAUGAGCCAUGUCAACUGUCCAGUGUCGUUGUAGCGUCUUAUGAAAUAAUUUAUGAGUGGGAUCCUUCUGCCUCAAUUAGAAUCCAUCAAACUGAGUGUUAUCAUGAAUUUAAAGAAAUUAUUUUGUCCGGGGAAAGUCUUCUGCUGAGCACAAGUGCUUUCCAUUUAGACAUUGAACUUCCCUACAAACCUCUGGCUGCGGCUUUGAAUAGACUGAACGCUUGGCCUGACCUUGCAACAGCUGCAUGGAAUUUUGUGCAUGACUGGAUUCGAACCACACUAUGCUUGCAGUACAAACCCCAUGUUAUUGCAACAGCCACUGUGCACCUAGCUGCUACGUUUCAGAAUGCGAAAGUAGGCAGCAGGAGAGAUUGGUGGUUGGAGUUUGGAGUUACAACUAAGCUAUUAAAAGAGGUAAUCCAGGAGAUGUGCACACUGAUAGAAGUGGACAGAAGGAGGAAUAUGCCACCUCCACCUCCACCUCCAAGAAGAGAGUUAAGUUGGGCAAUACCUGCAGCCGUAAAGCCGGUCCAUAUGGCUAGAGCUUAUCCGUUUCACAGCUACCCUUUGCAGUCCUAUAGACAGGCUGGCAUCUGGUGAGCCAUUGUUGAGCAGCAUGAAGAUGUAAUCUCUCUUAGAGUCUUGAGUUGGUUUAGCAAUAAAAGAUUUCCGUAGAGACUCAUGAGAGAGGCAGUGUAGCAUUAUAUAGAGAUCCGAGUGAGGUGCUUCUGUCUAAGUUAAGCGUCUCAUGUAUGACCAAAGUGGAUUCUCUCGAGAUUCUUGGUCUCUGUUCUCGAUAGAGAGAGAUUAUGUAUAGAAGUGUCCCAUUCACAUGUUAUAAUACUAGCUGACUUUAUAUCGUUUGUAUAUCUGGAAUCUAUGUUUUUGGUUUCUUUAAAAAGUUUAAAGUUGUUUUGAUUUUGACUAAUUCUCUCAUUGUUAAGUAAUUUGGUUUUUGAUGAAGUGCUA